AUGUCGAUGCUGCCGUCGUUCGGCUUCACGCAGGAGCAGGUGGCCUGCGUGUGCGAGGUGCUGCAGCAGGGGGGGAACCUGGAGCGGCUGGGCCGGUUCCUCUGGUCCCUGCCGGCCUGCGACCACCUGCACAAGAACGAGAGCGUCCUCAAGGCCAAGGCCGUGGUGGCCUUCCACCGGGGCAACUUCCGCGAGCUCUACAAGAUCCUGGAGGGCCACCAGUUCUCGCCGCCCAACCACCCCAAGCUGCAGCAGCUGUGGCUCAAGGCGCACUACGUGGAGGCCGAGAAGCUGCGGGGCCGCCCGCUGGGCGCCGUGGGCAAGUACCGCGUGCGCCGCAAGUUCCCGCUGCCCCGCACCAUCUGGGACGGCGAGGAGACCAGCUACUGCUUCAAGGAGAAGUCCCGCGGCGUGCUGAGGGAGUGGUACGCGCACAACCCCUACCCGUCCCCGCGGGAGAAGCGGGAGCUGGCCGAGGCCACCGGCCUCACCACCACGCAGGUCAGCAACUGGUUCAAGAACCGCCGGCAGCGAGACCGGGCGGCCGAGGCCAAGGAGAGGGAAAACACUGAAAACAGUAACGCGUCCAACAAGCAGAACCAGCUGUCCCCCCUGGACGGGGGUAAGCCGCUCAUGUCCAGCUCGGAAGAGGAGUUCUCCCCGCCACAGAGUCCCGACCAGAACUCGGUCCUGCUGCUGCAGGAUAGCCUGGCCCACGGCCGGGGCCCCAAUUACACCCUGAGCGGCCUCACGGCCACGCAGACCGGCCACGGCCUCCAGGGCCACCAGCUCCAAGAUUCGCUGCUCGGACCCCUCACCUCCAGCCUGGUGGAUUUGGGCUCUUAGAGCAGGGACCCGGCCAGGGCUGCCGGGGACACUGGACUGACGGGCCGGGAGGCCCAAGGGCUGGACGCAAGUGGGAAGCGCUCUCCUACCCCCCACCUUCUCCCCCCCCAACAAGAAACCCA